CCUCACUGGACGCCUGCAGCCGGUGCCUGGGGUUGAGGACCGCUCCCUCGACGUGCGCUCCGCCUACGGAUAGAGCCGCCCGCACUCUGGUGUUCUCCCUGUGGCCCGGACACAUAGUAUGACCGUUAGGGGUUUCGUCUCCCAGCCAUUUUUUAUGGAAAACCAAAGGGAUCAGGCCAUGUUAACUGCUGACAGCUUUGAAGAAUGGGAUGCUUUUAGAGAAGCUUGAUCUUGGCGACCUUGGCGUGAGAGCUUACAAAGCCAGAUUCUGGCAGAGUUCCUCUAUCUCGUCUUGCUGCUGAUUGAAGGUGCCCCCUUCUCCAGUUUUUCUCCAUCUCCUGAGAGGUAACAGGAAGUCAGCAUCAUGGUUGGGUUCAAAGUCACAGAUGUGCCCCCAACUGCCACUGUGAAGUUCCUGGGAGCUGGCACAGCUGCCUGCAUUGCAGAUCUCAUCACCUUUCCCCUGGAUACUGCUAAAGUCAGGCUGCAGAUCCAAGGAGAAAGUCAGGGAGCCGUGAAGGCUUUGGCCAGUGCCCAGUACCGCGGUGUGCUGGGCACCAUCCUGACCAUGGUGCGCACCGAGGGCCCCGGCAGCCUCUACAAUGGGCUGGUCGCCGGCCUGCAGCGCCAGAUGAGCUUUGCCUCUGUCCGCAUUGGCCUCUACGACUCCGUCAAGCAGUUCUACACCAAGGGCUCUGAGAAUGCCGGCAUCGGGAGCCGCCUCCUGGCAGGCAGCACCACAGGUGCCUUGGCUGUAGCUGUGGCUCAGCCCACAGAUGUGGUAAAGGUCCGGUUCCAAGCUCAGGCCCGCGCUGGAGGAGGCCGGAGAUACCAAAGCACAGUUGAGGCCUACAAAACCAUUGCACGGGAAGAAGGGUUCCGGGGCCUCUGGAAAGGAACUUCUCCCAAUGUUGCUCGAAAUGCCAUUGUCAACUGCGCUGAGCUGGUGACCUAUGACCUCAUCAAGGAUGCCCUCCUGAAAGCCAACCUCAUGACAGAUGACCUCCCCUGCCACUUCACGUCCGCCUUUGGGGCAGGCUUCUGCACCACCAUCAUUGCCUCCCCUGUGGAUGUUGUCAAGACGAGAUAUAUGAACUCUGCCCCAGGCCAGUAUAGCAGCGCUGGGCACUGUGCCCUUACCAUGCUCCAGAAGGAGGGUCCGAGAGCCUUCUACAAAGGGUUCAUGCCCUCCUUUCUCCGCCUGGGCUCCUGGAACGUGGUGAUGUUUGUUACCUAUGAGCAGCUGAAACGGGCCCUCAUGGCUGCCUGCACUUCCCAGGAGGCUCACUUUUGAGUCCCUUCUGCUGCUGACCUGACCAGCUCUGGCUUUGAUUUUGGCUCCAGCCAGGCCCUGCUUUCCUAGUCUCCUUCCCACUCUCUUUCCUGUCCCCACUUCCCCUCCUCUUCUUCCCACCUCCCUUACCCAUUGCACACCCCUCCCCCCCUUCAUCUCCCUAAGCCUUCAGUCCCUUGAAAAGCACAACCUGAAUCUUCAUCCCAACCCAGCCAUCACGCUACCAUAUAAAGCAAGUACAACCUUGUUGUCUCCUC